AUGGGCCAACUACUUUCACAUCCUGUAGAAGAGAAGGAGUUGGACUACAAGAGCCAUACAAAGAUGACCUAUUGUGUGGGGUCGAUGCAGGGCUACAGAAUGUCGAUGGAAGACGCCCACAGCGUCAAGAUCAACGAGGACGAAACGGUAGCAGUGUUUGGCGUGUUUGACGGCCACGGAGGGAAACAAUGCUCGGAGUAUCUACGCGAGCACUUAGCCAAGCACAUCUUCAAGCACUUGCUACUGGAGAAGGACAAGGCGCUGCGUCACCAUAGCCGGAGACAGUGUGACAACAAGCACAUUAUUGCCCUUUUGAAACACGCAUUUUUCAAAACCGACCAUGACUUGUCCCACUACAGCAACUUUAUCAAUUGCGGCUCCACGGGGAUCAUCUUGUGCGUCGUCAACAACAAGCUCUACGUGGCCAACACGGGAGACUCGCGGUGCAUCUUGUCGACGCAGAAUGGCUGUGCGAAACCACUUUCCUUUGACCAGAAACCGAAUCUAAUGGGAGAAAGAGUGCGAAUAGAGAAUAGCAACGGGUACGUGGUGAAUAAUCGGAUAAACGAGAUCUUGGCGCUAAGUCGGGCAUUUGGCGAUUUCAAAUUCAAGAUUCCGUUUUUGAAAUCCACAAACAACGAAUACAUCAUUCAGAAUAUCAAGAUGGAAAAAACCAACCCCCACCACUUUCUUGAGAGCGGCAGCUCGUUGGAGCAAACGCGAGCUGAAACUCACGAAUACGUGCAAAUCCCUCCCGAGUUGUUCCAAGUCACCGUUGAGCCGGAUAUCCUCAUUUACGACAUGAACGAAGUUGGCGAGCCUGAAUUUGUGGUCAUGGCAUGCGACGGCAUAUGGGACUGCUUCAAGAACUCGCAAUUGGUUAAAUUGAUUCGCGACAAGUUGGUGCUCGGCUGGAGAUUGAACAAAAUAGUCGAAUAUAUCUUGAAUGACAGCUUGACAAUGGCGAAUAACUACACGGGAAUCGGGUUUGACAACAUGACAUUGAUCAUUCUUGCAUUGCAUCUGGACGGCGAUAUCGACAAGUGGUAUGAGAAGAUGAUUACCAAGAUUGAGAGGGAGAAGGGACUACGCACAUGGUAG